CGCCCCCUUUCCCCCCCCCCCCCCACCCAAGGGCCAAGUGGCGAUCGACGGCGGAAUUGACUGCGGAGGGAAACGCGCGCGCGCCAAGAAAAUCAACGGCCAGCACCGAACCCUCGACGACGACGACGAUGUCGAGCGGAGCGGCGCACGAGAACGGCUCUUAUGGCGACAUGGAGCAGCGGGAGUCGCGUAAGAGGACGCUGGACGCGCCCGGCGAUGGCGACAGCAACAAGCGCACGCACAAAGAGGAAAAGAGCUUCUUCCUGAAGCUGCUGGUGCCGAACUGCGCCGUCGGGGCCAUCAUGGGCAAGGGUGGCGAGACCAUCGUCCAGCUGCAGAACGACACGGGCACCGUGAUCAAGAUCUCCAAGGCUCGCGAGUUCUUUCCAGGCACCAUGGAGAGGGUGGCGCUCGUACAGGGCACGGAGGAGGCCAUCGUCCAAGCCCACGACUUCAUCGCAGACAAGAUCUACGGCUGCCUUGAUAAGACUGCGCCAGCCACUUCCACCGAGACGGAUCGUGGAAAUAUGCACGUGAAGAUCGUGGUGCCCAACAGCACGGCAGGGCUCAUCAUCGGCAAGGGCGGCGACACGGUGCGCUACAUCAUCCACGAGUCGGGCGCCUGGCUUGAGGUGUCGCAGAAGAUGACGGGCGGCUGGACGGGCGCAGGGCGCGAGCGCGUCGUGAGCGUGGCGGGCACGCGCGAACAGAACCGCAUCGCCGUGCGCCUCAUUGUGCAGAAGAUCGUCGAGCACCCGGAGAGCAGCAGCUGCCCUCGCCUCAGCUACCCGGCGCAGCCCGAAGGCUACGGCCUGCACUCGGCCGGGGGUCCCAGCGCCGGGGUGCCUGCCUCGGCCCCGUCGGCCUACGCGCAGCAGCAGCAGGCCGCACCCCCGCACCACCACCAGCAGCAGCAGCACCAGCAGCAGUGGUACGGGCGCGGCGCGGGAGACUACGCCGCCGCCAUGCAGCAGUACCAGUGGCCGCAGGCGAUGGCGGCGAGUGGCUACGAGUCGCGCGUCACGGCGGUCCCGCAGCCCGUUCUGCAGGAGGGCUUCCAGGGCCAAGAACUGCAGGCGGUAACGGAGGCCCUGGACCGCCUGUCCCGCUGCGGCUACAGCAUGAAGACCCUGGGCGUGGCGGCCGACGGCACCGAGGAGGAGAAGCAGGGGGAGGCGGCGCCCACCGACGGCUACGGUGUGGAGGAGGUGGGCACCUUGGAGCUGGAGGUGCACGAGUCUCUGAUCGGCGCCGUCCUGGGUAAGGGUGGCCAGACGCUCAUGGACUACCAGGAGGCAACGGGCACCCGCAUCCAAAUCUCGCGCGUGGGCGAGUUCGUGCCGGGAACCAACAACCGACGGGUCACCAUCCUGGGCACGGCUGCGGCGCGGAAAGCCGCCGAGUUCCUGAUCCGCAAGCGCGUCGGCGCCGAGCAGGUCAACCGCGCCACCAGCAAGCGGCGCUAGUGCGGCAGACGGGCUGGCGGUUGGACGGGCGGGUGGGCGAGCUCAUGUCAGCGUCACCUCCGCCCCCCCCCCCCGCCGUCCACACCAUCGCCCCCACCGGGCUAACCCAACCCAGCCGUCACACCUCCAACAUCCUCAUCCCAUCCCCCACUCCCCUCUUCCCCCUCCAUCCUAGCAUCCCACCCCUCCAUACGCCUCCGACUCGGAUGUGGCGAGAGAGAGAGAGAAAGGCCGUCCCUGCGUCCGUGAGUAGACGUGGGCUGAGGCAGAGGCUUUACCGUGUCUCAAACGGGCGUGUGAGAAUAGAUAAAUUGAUAGGCACGCAAGGGCUUUUGUUGGGGACAAGCUCUCGUUUUAAGCCUCUGUUUUAAUGUUAACCCGAUUAUUAUUUCAGCGUCCCGCCAAACUUGGACUGCCCACGCCACCCAGCCGAAAGCAAGCACGCUCGGUCGCCGUGAGUACGUUGGUGUAUAUUUUAUACGGAGGGGGUUGUUGGAAACUGAAAGAUUUUCGAGCAUUUUGAAACUUUUUUCUCUCCCCCCCCCCCCCCUUCCUGUUAGGAGUAAUUUUUUUAAAGUGUUUCUUUGCAUUUUUUUUCGAACCUAGCUGUUGACCGUUGUGAUUACACGUUGCUUAAAUUCUGGGGUUAGGGGUUGGGGGGGCGUGUUUACGGAAGCCUUUUGGUUAAGGAAUAAAGAAAAAAAAGCUAAUCUUGAAUUAACUUGAAGAGAGGAAAGGUCACCCCCAGUUAAGACAGCACCCCUUUUACCGCGUACCGUAGUUCACCGGGCUGGUAGAGCCCCUGUGUUUGUUUGUUUUUGACAGGAAGAGGAAUGUGAAGGGGUAUACGCUGUACCGUGGAGAAGAAAGGUUCGGUAGCAGGAAAGGACACCGUUGAUUUAGUCUUGGGCCCAAGAAAGCCCUGUGUGAUUUCACUGUACCUUUCAUAACUCUUGAUAAGACUAAAAAAAACACGGAAAUCAGCAGAAGCUAAAACCGCAAACAUCUACUCAUUCUAUAGCUUUCGCCACCCGUUUGAAGAUGAAUUGUGAAUACGCGUGCCCCAUUAGCGAGUCUAGUGUUCGUAUGUAGCUGCGGUUUAAUGUGAAAACCCCCCCCUUCGUUUGUUUGCAUCAUAUUUCAUUACCAAAUUACAUUGCAUGUAAUCACUUCUUUAAAUAAAACCGGUUUAACCGAACGUGGGAUACCCAUCUUUUGCGUGCUCUCUGAUCGCCUUCUGGAAUCUCGCUCUUCCUCCUACGAGAUUGCAAGCCAAAAAAAACAAACGGCAGUUAUCUUGCAGAUGUUCGAAUUGGUCGUGUGUUCCGGGCCGUCCAGCGUCGAUGAGGCUGAAAUUUUGUAUACAGAUGAAAUAUUUAAAAAUCCCCCAGAGAUGUCGCCACCACAAUGAUGUGUAUACAUCAAAUCGCCCUGAAUACGACAGAUUCCGGAAGCUUUUAAGGGGGUUUAGGCCGGGUCAGUUUGUGAAUGGGAUACCACCACCCAGGCUUUUGCUGGGUGUUGUAGGUGCAGUGGGAGUUGGUGUAGCCACUAGAUGGCAAUACUGAGUCUCCCUAUUGUGAUAUUUUUCCGGAUACUUGCAUUUUCCUCCUAUAUGAAGCCACUCGCUGAUUUAAUUAAACACCGCAACGUAGCAGGAAGGACCCUCCUGAAACAACGAAGUCCUUUUGACCUCGUAAAGCUUUGAUGGGUAAAAAAUAAAUCGGUGCUAAUGGGUGUAACUUCACCUCGCAUCUGAGACCUUGUUAUUAACCAAAGCUGGUAUGGGACAGCCCGGGACACAGCCUAGGCAUACAUCUAUGAGAUUAGAGCUGUUUGCUUUUUGUCUUGCAUCUUUAAUGUUUCUUCUUUCUUCCAAUUUUAUUCCAGAUGUGUGGUUAACGUCAUCUUGGAGUCAUGAGAGACACGUUUCCAUGCAGAGUUGUCACAGCGAGCCGUUUGACGUCACCCUGCCACCCACUACUUCAGUAGCAUCUCACCCACGCUAGAUGCUCACCGUCCAUAUGCCCGGCCAAGAGUUUCCAUCGUAUUGCUGUUACAAUGAUCAUUUGUAAAAUUUUAAAUGUUGUUGAAUUAUUGUUAAGUCCAAUUCAAUUUGACGGUAUUGUUUUGUGCGGUCAUUGAUAAACGGGCUGAGACCAUCAACUCGCUGCACCUGGGAACCCGGUUAAAUCACGGGUGGCUGCGUGGAUUCAAAUCCUUGUAAAUCACAGCGGUACCAGAUCAGCCCUGUUGCCCCCGACACUGCCUGGCCACUUGUUUGACGUCUGAGAAAAAAACUCGCAACCCCAGGGCUUGAACUCGGGAACUCGCGUCAGUGCCGACUCGGUAUCUUGGACACAGCCAUUAUGGGGACCCCCCUACCACCCCCUAAACAAGUGAGAGAGUCCCAGCCCAAGAGGGUGAUGAACCCAUGUUCUCAUCAGUGGUGGUUCUUUGCCUCUGACGUGGCCAUUGUGGACCCCCUGAGAGAGACCUAGGCAAUGGGGCUUUGAACCGCGAGGAACUCAUCAGUGCUGGCUCAUGGCAGUCGGGGGUUCUCCAGAGUGAUCUUGGUGGUGGCACGAUUGCUGGAGGAAGGAAUUCAAGCGAUCACCCGUCGACAUCACCACCUCCGCUCAUCCUCUAGGCUCGCACAGUGUCUGCGUCCGUUAAAGAGUUAGGCCGGCCUGCACUGUGGUCAGAGGCCCUCGUCUCACCAUCAGAAGCUCAUCAUCAACAUCACACCGUGGUUGAUAAGUAAGGUACUGAGUAUGUGGUUAUAUAAACUAUUAAAGACUGACCCUUAAUAUUGGUACAUUUUAUUGCCACUAAGGGCUUGGGGCCAUUGGCAGCGAUGAACUCUAUUGCUUGUUUAAGCAGGGAGACAUCUUUGGGGUAACUGCGGGAGUUUGAUUAGGUCUUGGGUUAUCGUUAGUGUAUCGUAUGGGUUAGAUUUUGCGAUAUUUAGGGUUUAGGAAUAUUCUCUCUCCCACCUGAAGACGAUUGCUUGUGUGGCGAUCAAAACGUCGUGAUCUAUUAUUUUUUUGACCUACGUGACUACCGCUAGAACCAAAGAGUGGAUUCCUGCAGUCACGAAGGCUUCAAAUCUAGAUUUAAGAAGGUUAGGGUUAAUAUUAAUUGUUUUUUUAUCAAUUGCCUGUGACCAAAUCACAUGGCAUGCACCCAGUCUCAUCAGAUCUUGGAGGCUGUGGGGUUGAGCCUGAAUAGUUCUUGUAAUGGGCGACCACCACCGUGGACAACACAUUCUAGGCCGCUGUGGAGCUACGUUGUCAGCCGAGGGCAGUGCAGCAAAAUCAUUGUUGUAUUGUACAUCGCUUCAACGUCUGCUUCCCGCCUUCAACUGGCACUGACCAUGAUUGGGAAGUACCGUGGGGAGGCCCUCAUCCAGCAGUGGAUUUACAGAAGGGCUGUGUGUGAACUUGCUAACCACAUUUAUGGAGUAAUUUUUUUUAGCGUGCUAUCUCCCUCUGCUGGAUAUGGGUGGAAAGGUUGCAAAGUAACUUUGUUUAACCAGGUGAGAGAGAGAGAGCUCAGGGGACCAGGGUAGUCUUUGAUUUGUAGGAGUGAUGUGGGGCAUUCGUCUGCCAAUAUUGGGGGGGGGGUGCAAUGAUUGUUGUGUAUGGUCCCAAUUUAGUAAUUUCUGCUAUCAUUUUCAAAUUUGGCAAAUUUGGACCCUGUUGCUGGCACACAAUCGCCUACUCUUGCGAAUGACUUUCGGCGGGGGGGAAUCUUUAACGGCCACCGCGAGUGAAGCAGACGAUGAGUAGUGGGGAUCUUUACGGCCGUUUCUGCCAGCAGUAAUAAUAACCGCAAACUAAGCUACUUGGUGUGGGUUGCUGCGAUAACCGUGUCCGUUUUUUACAUAAUUUUUUUAUGGUUACCGUUGCUCCUUAAAAACAUUUAAAUAACAAAACAACUUUCAUAUAUUCUAUCUGGACAUAAAUAGCCUCUUUGGAAGAUGUGUUCCGGAGUAACUGACGGCAUAGCGAUUAUAUGCGAUCGUCAUAAUUGUCCUGAUUAUUUGCAUAUGUGUUUUUUGUGUACCGAACAUCAUAUGCGUGCGUGAUAAGCGCUCAUAGAUUGAUAAUUGGGAAGACUUUGCGGAAAGCUUGAGCAAACAAACAAGGUUAUGGGAAAACUAAUUUGGUGAUAAUGAUGGCAUCAUCGUGAAACCAUCGCAGCAACCCUACUUCUGGUGCACAACUGGUAAUCCAAAUGAUAAAAUCACCUUCGCUCACUUUUGUCUGCAGUGCCGGUUCAUAACGACGCGUAGGCCGCCAACGUUUGUCGAUCCACCGUGAAGCAGGUGUGUGCCGUAUCACCCAUCGUCAUCGACCGUGAUCAAUCCGCCGCCGGACGAAGGUUCUCCACAAGCCCUCCGUCGUCAUCCCCCUCAUGGUCACGCGAUGCGACAAUCCACCCCAGCUCCUGCACCCGAGCCGAUCUCAUCGCUCCAUCGCCGCGGUGGACGGCGUCUUGGGCGCCGUUCCCUCCUUUCACGCCCACCGGCCGUCAUCCCUUCUAGCGACGCGUCCUGCUUCAAACCCGCUUACUAGUCUCGGCAGCCGAAAUAAUGUCUAACUUGUGUGUGUCCUCGAAGCCACAUGUUCCUCCGCUUUGUCUCCCCGGCGUGAUCACAAGCAUCCAUCUCCUGCGUUCCUCUUUGCGCACUUUGAGCUUUUUGUUUGGUCGUUUUCAUCCGUGUCUCUGAUCCCAAUGUCGUCGCAGCAGGUUUCCGUAGACACGUUGUUGUGGUACGUUACUUUUCAUCAUGCAGUCGUUUUUCAUUAUCAACCCCCAUUCUCCUCUGCCUCUCUGAUCUCAAUCCACCUCCAAUAGCCUGCACUAGUACAUACAUAUUCGGUGUUUUGCAGCUGUGCCCAACUGUCGAGACAUCUCUGAUCUUUUCAGUGAAUUUGUACACGAUUUUUUGGCUUAUUUUUUUACAACCUUGCUGCCUUUUGCUUGUUCAGCACUUCUGACAUUUCCUGUAGUUCAUUCCUAUCGGACAUUGUGUUCAUGGCUGUGUCGUCAACUAAUCUUUUAAGACGGGUUAAUGUUUUCUCCAUUUUAUGUCAGCAAAUGUUCUCUCUUGUCUGAUUUUCAGAAAGCAUCUCUCCUAAUGUCGCUGUGAAUGACUGGUGGGAGCGCAUUUCCUAGUCACACUCCCCUUUUGCAUUUUAGUAGUUCACAUGAAAUUAGUGUGGCUGUUACCAUAUCUGUAAAAGGAUUUUAUUACUUCUAAAUGUUUUAAUAUUAAGGCCUGGGUGUGCAAGAGGCUCGGAUGACUUACGUCGAUUUUACAAACGCUAGACAGUUGUAUUUUAAAGUAAUUAGCCUUUUUUUUUACAGAUUAUGAUCGGCGGUGUGUAUUCGUCGUUGAUAGAGAAACCUUGCCUUGCCACCGACGUGUUUUGGUUUUUCCGCUAGUCUGUUUCGAGUCCUCUUUGUGAACGUUUUAUACUCGUGCGAUAGUAAGAGGAUAAUAGGUCUAGUUCUUAAAUUAAAGUCUUAUCUAACUUUUUUUAAUAGAAGAAUGAUUGAAGCAUCAUUCCAUGAAUGAAGUAUUUAAUUUCUGUGUAAACGAUCGAUAUAGUUUAGCUAUUUUUUUUAUUUUGUUGCCGUUUCAGAUUAUAUACGUAUACCGUAUACACAAUACUGCUGUAAAUGUAUUAUCUUUACGAUAAUAUACAGUACGUGUGUUUACCCAGUAAAGCCUCACGAAAGA